AUCUUCGUUUUUGGCCCUCUUAUAUAAUUACUUGCUAUCUAGCUCUAAGGCUCUAUCAUUCAGUACUCCACUCACCACAUAUGGGAAUGAGCAGCAUGAAGGUGCAUCAGUUCGCACGUGGACUCUGGGAGCACGAACCCUCCCUCACGCUUGGCUGCACCAAACGCUUACGCCCUCUUGCUCCCAAACUGGCCAACACCGCGGCCGCCACCUCCGACACUACUACCACUCUCGCUCCUUUCGAUCUCAAGAGUUUCAUCAGACCUGAAAGUGGCCCCAGAAAACUUGGAUCUUCUAACCAUCUUCAGGAGAAGAAAGAUCCCCCCCACCCUCAGGUAGAGACGCACCCGGGAGGGACACGCUGGAACCCUACGCAAGAACAGAUAGGGAUACUUGAAAUGUUGUAUAGAGAAGGAAUGCGCACUCCGAAUGCACAACAAAUAGAGCAAAUCACGGCUCAACUUGGCAAGUACGGCAAGAUCGAAGGAAAGAAUGUGUUUUACUGGUUCCAGAAUCACAAGGCACGUGAGAGGCAGAAGCAAAAGCGCAGCAGCCUCGGCCUCAGCCACUCUCCAAGAACACCGACUCCUGUAAUUACCACCCUGGGAGAAAUAGUAGUGGAAAGAGAGGAAGAUAGUCCGUACAAGAGAAAGUGUAGGAGCUGGGGAUUUGAUUGCUUGUUAGAAGGUGACCAUAGUAGUGUAGUAUGUAAGGUCGACAACGACGACGCCGUUAAGGGAGGUAGUGUUGGAGUUAUGACUCUGGAGCUCUUCCCAUUACAUCCAGAAGGAAGAAAAUGAUGGGAUAUGCUUAAUUUGACAAUGUGAUGUGCUUUCCUUCUUUUCUUGGUUUUCUUCUUUUCUUAUUCGUUUCGGGAAAGAAGAAAGGCAAGUAAUUGUCUCUUAAUUUGUACUGAAAGCUAGCUCUGCUUCUACUUCUGCCUUUUGGAACCAAAAGCACUUUUAUUCCAA